AUGUUAUCCAAAACUAUCUUAUCUUUAUUAGCUGCAGCAGUCUCAACUGUAGCUGCUUCAAAUAAAGUUGCGUUAUACUGGGGUCAAAACGGUGCAGGAGGACAAGAAAGAUUAAGCUAUUAUUGCCAAGAAUCUGACGUUGACGUAGUAUUGUUAUCUUUUUUGAAUGAUUUUCCAGAUCCAACAAAUGUCAAUUUUGCUAACCAAUGUGGUGCUACUUUCGCUUCUGGUUUAUUGCACUGCCCACAAAUUGGUGAAGAUAUCAAGGCCUGUCAAGCCUCGGGUAAAAAAGUGCUUUUAUCACUUGGUGGUGGUAUUGGUAAAUAUGGUUUUGCAAAUACCGACGACGCUACCAAAUUCGCCGACACUUUGUGGAACAAAUUUGGUAAAGGUCAAGGUGAUGAUGAAAGACCAUUUGAUGAUGCUGUUGUCGAUGGUUUCGACUUUGAUAUUGAAAUAGGUGAAAAUACUGGAUACCCAGAAUUGGCCCUGAGUUUGAGAAACAAAUUCGGCGAGGAUUCAUCUAAACAAUAUUACUUAUCUGCUUCACCACAAUGCCCAUACCCAGAUACAAAAGUUGGAACAUUGUUAGCCAAUGUUCCAGUUGAUUAUGCUUUCAUUCAAUUUUACAACAAUUAUUGCUCAGUCGAUGGCCAAUUCAACUAUGAUACCUGGUCAAACUUUGCCAAAUCAGCACCAAAUCCAAAUAUGGAACUAUUUGUUGGUGUACCAGCUACUGGAAACGUCAACGGAUACGUUGAUAUUGAAAAAUUGAGUGAGACUAUCAACCAAAUCAAAUGCGACCCACAUUUCGGAGGUGUUUCAUUAUGGGACGCUUCAGGGGCCUGGAUUAAUACUAAUUCUAAUGGCGAAAACUUUGUUGUUCAAGUCAAAAAUGCUUUGAAUGCAAACACGUGUCCACAAUCUUCCACAGAUAGCCCACAAACUUCCACAGAUAGCCCACAAACUACCGCAGAUAGUCCACAAUCUACCACUGUUAGCGAAACUAGUGAAGAUCAAACUCCUGCUCCUCAAACCACUGAAGAUGUUGUCCCAACAUCAUCAGUUGAUGCUGGCCCAUCUGGUUACUAUAACUCAACUGUUGUCGCCAACCCAUCAUCAUCUGCUGUUGUCGCCAACCCACCAUCAUCUGCUGUUGCCCCUAUUACAACCGUUGCUCAUGGUCAAGCUGGCUUUAGCACAGUAACAGACAUUGGCACAACUGUCGUAACCAUUACAUCUUGUAAAGAAAACAAAUGUACUGAAGUUCCUGUAACUACAGGAGUUGUUUGUGUUACCGAUGUUAGUACUGUUUACACCACUUACUGUCCAUUGACUGCCUCAGCUGUUGUUGUUCCAAUCCACCACAAACCUGCUGAAACUGAGACUCCAGCUGCCCCAGGUGCCAAACAGUCAUCUGCUCCAGCUCCAGUUGCUCCAGCUGCCAAACAGUCAUCUGCCCCAGCUCCAGCUCCAUCUCCAGUUGCUCCAGCUGCCAAACAGUCAUCUGCCCCAGCUCCAUCUCCAGUUGCUCCAGUUGCCAAGCAGCCAUCUGCCCCAGCUCCAGCUUCAUCUACUUGGGUUGCAGCUAUCCCAACCCCUGUUGGUCCUCAAGUUAACGUAGAAACUUCAGUUUCUGCAUCAAUUGUAUCCGAUUCUACUGAGUACACCACGAUCUUGAAGACAUCAACUUUACUUCCUCAAGUUUCUGCACCAAGCGCCGAAAGCACCCCUUCACAAGUAGUUGCUUAUGAAGGUGCUGCUGCUUCCAACUCGGUUGCUUUAUGGUUCACAGCACCAUUACUACUUGCUGCUGUUGCUUUGUUCUAA